AUUUCCUUCUUAUUUAUGUACUCCCUUUGUCCCGCUUUAGGAGUCUCGGUUGAUCAAUUUCGGGCGUCCCGCUUUAGGAGUCCCAGUUGGGAUAAACUAAUAAAAAGUGCCUACAAUGAAGUUGCUGAAUCAGUGAAACAGGAUUUCGGGUGCAUUGAUAUUCUUGUGCAUUCACUUGCCAAUGGCCCGGAGGUUACUAAGCCUCUUCUUGAAACAUCAAGAAACGGUUAUCUUGCAGCCAUAUCUGCAUCGAGUUAUUCCUUUGUUUCCCUUCUCAAACAUUUUCUACCCAUCAUGAAUCCAGGUGGUGCUACGAUUUCUUUGACUUACAUUGCAUCCGAGAGGAUAAUACCAGGAUACGGUGGUGGCAUGAGCUCUGCAAAGGCUGCUCUCGAGAGUGACACACAAGUACUUGCUUUUGAAGCUGGGCGAAAACACGGCGUGAGAGUCAACACCAUAUCCGCAGGCCCGUUAGGAAGCCGGGCUGCAAAAGCCAUCGGCUUUAUUGACAUGAUGAUCAACUACUCAUUAGAGAACGCGCCCUUGCAGAAGGAGCUUACUGCUGAUGAGGUUGGAAACACUGCUGCUUUUCUGUCUUCUCCUCUGGCAUCGGCCAUCACUGGAGCUGUUGUCUAUGUCGACAAUGGACUUAACGCGAUGGGAGUUGGAGUCGACAGCCCUGUCUUCCGGGAUCUUGAUAUUCCAAGAGCCCAAAGAAUUGAGGAGAGAGCAUUAUUUAGCAGGGCGACAUUAAAAAGACUUGAUUUUUAGUUUUGAUCUUCAAAUAACCGAUAGAGGCUUGCAUUAUCUUGCACGCUUGUGUUGAGAGAGGCAGAGAGAGAGAGAGAUGCUUGUGUUUUGUUCAUCAGGAUGUACAAUUUUGGUGUGUUUUUUCUUAAGGUUUCUUCAACGUGUCAUGUAGAGAUGUCAAUCGGCACAAUCCACUCAGGUUGCUGGGUUAUUCGGGUUGUACAUUUUUCGGGCUUAAACUUUACAA